GGAGGUGCGGAGGGUGUGCGGGCGGCGGUCCGGGACGCGGGCCUGGGGGAGCCCUGGCCCGGGUGGGAAGAGGCGCUCCAAGAGGGGACGGGAAGGGCUCAGCCGCUGCCUGGGCCACCUGUUCCCGAGGGACAUUUGAGUGUGCACCGACUGUGCGCGGCGGUCCCGGGCUGUCGCCUCCACCCCACUGCGCCCCAAAGUUGAGCGCAGCGGCUGGACCGAGAGCCCCGGCCAUUCUGCGGAGGCGCGCCCCGCCCCAGCCCUCGGAGCUGCCCCGCCCAGACCGGGGACCCCGUGGGAGAGAGCCUUGGGGGCGAGAAGCUCGGGUCCUGGUGUGGGCCCCACCCGCUCCGCGGCGACCUUGGAUGGAUCUGUGGGCACGGAGAGCGUGUGGAAGGACCGUGUUCAUCUUGGCAGAGGAGGUUGGCUGCUGAGCCAGGGUGUGUCCCCAGGAGGCCUGCCAGGCUGCCCGGAUCUCCACCUCACCGCCAUGGGCUGCCCAGGCUGACUGGCCGGUUCCUGCUGGAGGCUCCUGGUGUCGUCCGGGGAGACCAUGUCCAGGCCCCCGGACUGCCUGCUGUGGCUGCUCCGGGGGGCCCCGAGCCAGCGGGGCUGCACCCUGUUCAUCAUCAGCUUCAAGUUCAUGUUUUUGGUCUCCAUCAUGAUCUACUGGCACAUGAUGGGGGGGCCCGAGAGCCAAGGGCAACUCUCUAACCUGCCCGUCGACGCCCCCUGCUCCCACCUGGUGCCCCCCAAACUGCCCUCCAGCACCCCACCUUCGGGCAACAUCUUCUUCCUGGAGACUUCGCACCGGACCAACCCCAACUUCCUGUUCAUGUGCUCGGUGGAGUCAGCCGCCAGGGCCCACCCCGAGUCCCGGGUGGUGGUCCUGAUGAAGGGGCUGCCCGGCGGCAACGCCUCCCUGCCCCGGCACCUGGGCCUGUCGCUCCUGGGCUGCUUCCCCAACGUCCAGAUGCUCCCGCUGGACCUGGAGGCGCUGUUCCGGGACACGCCCCUGGCGGCCUGGUACAUGGCCCUGUGGCAGCGCUGGGAGCCCUACCUGCUGCCCGUGCUCUCCGACGCCGCCCGGCUGGCCCUCAUGUGGAAGUUCGGGGGCAUCUACCUGGACACGGACUUCAUCGUCCUCAAGAGCCUGAGGAACCUGACCAACACGCUGGGCACCCAGUCCCGUUAUGUCCUCAAUGGUGCCUUCCUGGCCUUCGAUCGCCACCACGAGUUCGUGGCCCUGUGCAUGCGUGACUUCGUGGCCAACUACAACGGCUGGAUCUGGGGCCACCAGGGCCCGCAGCUCCUCACCCGGGUCUUCAAGAAGUGGUGCUCCAUCCGCAGCCUGAGCGAGAGCCGGGGCUGCCGCGGCGUCCGCACCCUGCCCUGCGAGGCCUUCUACCCCAUCCCCUGGCAGGACUGGAAGAAGUACUUCGAGGAUAUCAGCCCCGAGGAGCUGCACCGGCUGCUCCAAGCCACCUACGCCGUCCACGUGUGGAACAAGAAGAGCCAGGGCACGCGCCUCGAGGCCACGUCCAGGGCGCUGCUGGCCCAGCUCCAUGCCCGCUACUGCCCCACGACACACGAGGCCAUGAAGAUGUACUUGUGAGGGGUCUGCCAGGCCACCUCCCCAGGCCCGGCAUCUGGCUGGAGAAGGAUCCCCAGCCGCCCUUCCUGGGAGGCAAGAUGAGGGGAGGGGUAGGGACCUGGUGGUCCGGGGGGUGUUAUGGA